AUGUCAUUCGCAAACUUAUAUUAUAAACGCGCAGCAGCCACUGAAAAAGCGUGCUUCAUUUGCUCGAGGCCGACGACCACAGUCCUCGCCACCAAGGACAGCGUCGAUUUCUUCUACGCAUGUGACGGACAUCUUAAAGAUCACGGAUUCGCAAGCCUCGCAGGAGAGAGCGGCGACGGCGUAACAGGCGCACGUAAGCUUGGACUAAGCGACGAAGAGAUCCAGAAAGUCAAGGAGGAAUACGAGAGGAAACAACAGAAGAAGGAAAAGGAGAAAGAGAAGAAAGACAAGGCUGAUGAUAAGGACAAAGCAGAGGAAGGGAAAGAAAAGGCGAAGGAGACAGAAAAGACGAAAUCGAAGGAUAUAAGUCCGUCACCAGGACUUGCACCCUCACAGUCAAGCGGGACUUCUACUCCCGCGGGAACGCACCAGCGAUACACUCUUCAUCGUGAAAUCUUCGCCAUGCGAUUAGGAAUUCAUCGCAAACGACGGCAGACUGCACAAGCCAAAGAGGUUGCUCCCCGUCUUCCCAGUGCGCCUCGACUUCCUGUCAAUAAUCCGCCCAGUUGAAUUACCAGUUCGUCGUGAAAUACCAUAUCUCCAUCCUCUAUCAAUAUCCUCCAUCACCUGUACCAAUAGUGCUAUCAAUGCUCCGGAUGACCACCAAUAAUGUGUCGGUACACACUUGCUAGUUUCAGUAUUCACUCGAAUAC